CUUUGAUUGAAAAAUAAAGCGCUUUUCAAACGGAAUCCACGAAUGCUUUGCAUUUACCGUCAGAUUCCGGGUCUUGUGAACCGAUUCCGGGUUUUAGUCCACAAUUAGCUAUGAAUUCGUGAUUAAUAUUAACAAUGAGUCUCACAUUCAAUGCAUUUGUCGUCCACUUAGCGCUCAUUUGGUGUCAAUUCAUAACUCGUUUGCAAUGUUUUGAUGAAAACGUUUGGCAGACGUAUGACAAGAGCGCAGAUAAUGGACACCAAUUCGGACACAAGUCGUCGCAAGAGUUGUACGAAUCGGGCAAACAGUUCCUCGAAGUGAUGGUCAGACAGGAGACAAUGUAUGGCAACUGUUGGCGAAACGCCAUCCAAGCGCUGGACACCAGUUGCAAGCGAUUGGACGAAGAGGUUCAGAGCCGACUGGCCCUCAGUUUCGCCAAUUGCUUCCUCGAGAGGUCCGGUAUGAAGACAUACCCGUGCGAUGAGCGCCAGGACAUGAAGACGUGUCUCCAACGCAUGGACGACCGCGCCUUCAACUCGUACACCGAGUUCUUCACACAUACGCAGAGCGUCUGCUUUUAUCUUCAGUCGGAGUUCUGGCAGCAGAAGACGGAAUCAACGGUCGAUCGGUUGACACAAACGUCACAUGAGGUGAAGAACCGACUCGAAGACGCCUCACAGCAGUUGAAUGAGUUGAACGGUUUGCAGGAGUUGUCCAUCACUUCCCAACUGAGACUCAACGACGAGCUGAUGGCCGCCAAGAACGCGAUGAAUGAGUUUAAGGCCUCUUCGGCUGAACAGCGGUUUAUUGUCCGAGAAAUUCUCGACCGAUUCAUACGACUGCAGGACUUUGUCUUACUGGAGAUGUCUUACGGCUAUUCCAUUGUCUUCUUCGUGGUCUCAAUGAUAAUCGUAUACUUCAUGACAACCCCUGUCCGCACAAAUGAGGCCCGACUCUGGCUUUUCGUCGCUUUGAUAAUCAAUUUAUUCGUUGAACGACUCAUCGCUUCGUAUUCAUUGGACGACCAGUUGAUGGGUCUGAAGAGCACAUCCAUUGUCAUGAAUGAGAGGAUUUGGUUGUCCAGAAAAGUCACGUUAAUCCUUAUGGCCGCUAUUUUCGUGUGGUUUGCCAUCACUUACAAAAACUAUGGUUAUGUUAACCACAGUAUUCUCAAUGAACACACUUUACGUCUGAAUCUCAUUCAGAGUCAAUUGAAUCAGAUCUGCAAAACAGUCGACUCAUCGCCUCAGAAGUCAGUGGAAUGUGUGGACAAACGGGACAAAGAAUAUUCAUCUGAUAGUGACAGCGAUUUUAUGGCAGAUUCUGGGAAUAGUAGUGAUGAUAGCGAUGUCAGCGAGGCUUCCAUAGAGACCUGUUCUACCAUCGAAAUUGUCUCCUCGAGUACUACUAAACGUAAUGAUAAUGACAUGAAUUUAGGCAAUUCAUCGAAUGGCGAGACCCCGACCCCUCCUUUGCUCACUCUAAGCCCCUCUUACAACCUGAGGCCGAGAAAGAGUAUUAUUUAUACUAAAAACGGGAUUAUCAACGAAACCGUCGAUGACUUUAUGGCAAAAGUAGAACUUUCGGCAAAUAUUUCGAAAUUCAAGUCUCAAAGUAUUCAUCCGAAUGUCAAGAAUUUUUUGUCUUCAGAUGAAGACUAAAAGAAAAUGUUUUAAGUCUUGAUUUAUAAUACACUUUAAGUACAACCACUUUAGAGUUUUACCG